AUGAGCGUCACUGCCACCGCCACCGCCACAGCCACCGUGGAGCUGGAAGCGGCUGCCGCUGCAGAGGCAGCCCCGGCCAAACCCCGCCGCGUGCUCGCAAUGCCGCAGUGGAAGAUCCCCAAGUCCCUCUCCGUCUCGCCCUACCUUGGAUCCCGCAAGGACCGCGUUGCGGUGCAAAAGGCCGCCCAGGGAGCCUCCAGCGGACCGACGGGUGCUGAGGUCGACGCUUGGGUGGCUUCGACGCUGACGCGCAGCCAAGGUCUGGCGGCUGCCAGGUCGCACGCGCAGGGGGGCGCGUCCAGCGUCGAGGCUCAGGUCGAUACCACCGGGCUUCGAUCAGCGAGCGCAGGAACUGAUAGUGCGGUCGCCUCCGCCGCCACCGCCACCGCCACCGCCAACGCCACCGGCCUCCAGCUCGCCGAACUCCCGACUGACGAAAGGGGGAGAAGGCUGGGCCUCGAGGAUGAAGACGAUCCGCAGCUUCAGGACGACCCCGCCGUCUUUGCAGUCAGCCCACAGCCACAGCCACUGCCCGCUGCCACCGGGACGGCUACGGCCGACGCAGUGCUGCCUACAUCCUCCGAAGUUCCACCGGACCUGGUGGACAAGGUGACCAAGGCCACCCACGGCCGCCAGACGACGGUGCGCUUCAUCGCGCCGCCCUCGGUCACUGGCGUCGACCAGGUCGUGGCGCCCGUCGUGGGCCAAGGCUUCGUCGAUCCGCGCCUCUAUGGCGGUACCUCUUUCGACCUCGUCGGCGACGGCGAGCACGAGCCGCUCAACGUCAUCGUCAGCGCGCUCUCGUCCCCCGAGAUCCUCACCAAAAAGGGCCUGCAGUCGUACAUGCGCUCGCUCGACUUCGACAAGGAGUGCCUCGGCCUUCACUCGGGCGGCGCGCAAAAGGCGUGGCUCGACCCUCGCGGAUGGAGGGACGAGGAGUGGCUCUUCCGCAAGGUCUACACGCCCCUCGACCACCUGUUCGGCACGUGCAUCGAGAGCCUGGUGGGGGGCAACCACUUCCGCGCGUGGCAGCAGCAGGGCACCGGCGCCUGGUUCCUCGCCACGAGCAAGGAGCAGAACGUGGCGAGGAAGCACAUGAUCGUGCCCGACGGCUACAACAUCGGACGCGACGAGCUCGUCGAGCAGAGCCAGGCCGAACGCGACACCGUCACCAGCUUCUUUGGCAAGCGGUACCGGACCAGCGUCGAGUACGUCGCGGGACUCAUGCCGCCCGGCCAGCAGGGCGUCAACCACGACAUCGCCGUCGAUGGCCUCACCGCCAUCCUCACCGUGACGCUGCUCACGUCGUCGUCCAGCAGCGCCUCCCCUGUGUCCUCGGCUCCAGCGUCCUCUGCCGCCGUCUCCGGGCUCGACACCAACGCACCGGAACCCGUCGGCGCUGCCGCUGCCGCUGCCGAUCCGUCGGAGACCGAGGAUGAGGCAGGAGAGGCCAUGCCCGAGUCGCCGUCGGGGGCGAACGGCAGGCAGCGGCGGAUCGGCAUCAAUGACAAGACAAAGGAGCUCUGGCGUAGGAUCCGUCACAAGCCCGCCGAGGACGAACGGACAAGCGGGCGAGCGGUCAAGGCGACGGCGGAGGGCGCUAACCCCACGGCGGCUGCACCCGCCCCGGUCGACGUCGGCACGCCGACAGCAGCGCCAGUUGGUGCUCAGCCCAUCGUUGCGGCCCACUAG